AUGAGUGAUUAUCAUGAAGCCAAAACCCUGGCGCUCAGUGCACAACUUGCGGGCAGCCCAACAGGGAGUCAUAACAAGCCUUCACUCUCUGCCUGGCCAAGCCAUAUUGUUCCUUUGGGACAGCGUGUGGAACUUCAAUGUGACUCUCAUAUUAACUAUUACGCAUUCAAGUUGUACAAAGAACAUGGUAAUCCUAUCCCUCAGAUCCAGGGAAGACCAUUCCAGAAGAUAUUUGCCUUGAAUCCUGUGACAUCAGCACAUGCAGGGACAUACAGAUGCCAUGGUUUUGAUUCUCAUUACUCUUUUAAAAUUUUAGCAAUAAGUGACCCUGUGGAGAUCAUAAUUUCAGGAAUCCACAAGAAGCCUUUCCUCUUGGCCUUACAACCUCCCCUGGUGGAUUUAGGACAGAAGGUGACACUGGAGUGUCGAUCAGAGAUUAUGUUUGACACCUUCGUUUUGACUUCACACAAAAAUGGAACAAUCAAGGACUCUUUCAAGCUUUCUGCAGAAUAUCAUCUUGGGGGUUCCCAGGCCAACUUCUCAAUAGGUCCUGUGACACCUGACCAUGCUGGAACUUACAAAUGCUAUGGUUCUUACAAUCACUCACCAUAUGAGUGGUCAGACUCUAGUGACCCCAUUGAUAUAAAGAUCACAGGUUUAUACAAGAAACCUUUUCUGUCAGCCCUAAUGGGUCCUGUGGUGAUGCCAGGAGAGAACAUGACCUUGUCCUGUGUCUCUGACCUUCAGUUUGAUAUGUUCCAUCUGUCCAGGGAAGGGAGCCCCAAGGAACAAGGGCUGCCUUCAGUGAAGAGCCACAAUGGAACAUUCCAAGCCAACUUCCAUCUUGGUCCUGUGGUCCAGGCAGGGUACUAUAGAUGCUAUGGCUCUUUCAGGAACACUUCCUAUUUGUGGUCAACCCCAAGUGACCCCUUGUACCUUCCUGUCACAGAUACCCACAGGAACCUUCAUAUGCUGAUUGGACUGUCAGUGACCAUGAUCCUUGUCUUCCUCAUCAUCCUCCUUUUUUCUUUUUGCUUUGCCAAAAAGAGUAAGUCUCAGGAACAAGCCAGUGAAAGUCAUCUGAGUAGUGUGAGAAAACAAGAGCAGAGAAAUAGAGGUGUGUAUUCUUAA